AAAACAAUAAGUAACUAACAAAUUUAAAGUGCGCGCCUUUUUUAUUUAGUAUUGACUACACCUGCCGGAGGGCGCGCAAAUCGGCGCAUUUCGAGUUGACCAUCUAUUACCCUUUGUAGAUCUAUUAUCUAUGACAUUGAAUGAGUGGAUAGUGGAAAGGUUGAUUAUGAGGUGUGCCUGGGAGGUUUAUUUGUGUUAAUUUUGCCUGUAAUGUGUUGUUAAUUAUAGUAGAAAUAGUUAAAAUGGUUGUGUACAAUCUCUUUGCUCUUUGCUUCCUUGCUGUCUUCCUAAAUGUUUCGUUAGCACAACGAGCUGAAAAACUUACUGCCCAAAACCCAUGUGUAACGAAAACUACCUGUCACGAAUGUAUCCAAACACCAUCGUGUGCUUGGUGUUUCAAACACGAUUUUGGCGACCGCGCCAGGUGCUUCCAGCCCUCUAGUCCCCAUCCCACUGCAACGCAGUGUCCUGAAGAAUGGACUUGGAACCCAAGUAACGUUAUGUCUAUACUUAUGAAAAAAGAAUUAACCAGACCACGUCAAACUGGAGGCGGUGCGGAAGGAUCUUUUGAAGCAUCCGGAUCAGCCUGGCAUUCCUCUUCAGGAUCAUGGCAUUUCCGAAAUGAAAGUUAUUACGAAGAGCAUGAAAGAGGACAAGAAAUUAUAUCAGUCAGUCCUCAAAGAAUAAGUUUGAAACUUAGAGCGAGACAAUCAUUUAGUUUAUGGAUGGACUAUACCCAGGCCGAAGAUUAUCCCGUAGAUUUGUACUAUCUUAUGGACUUGAGUAAUUCUAUGGAAGAUGAUAAAGAUAAGCUGUCCAGUUUGGGGAAUCUUUUGGCCGAAUCAAUGAGAAAUAUAACAUCGAAUUUUAGACUCGGUUUUGGAAGUUUUGUGGAUAAAGUUAUGAUGCCUUACGUUAGUACAGUUCCAAAGAAUUUGCGGGAACCUUGCAAAAAUUGUGUUGCACCUUACGGAUUCCAACAUGCCAUGAGGCUCUCAAGAAACACUGAGUUGUUUGCUCAAAUGGUUAAAGCUGCUGCCGUUUCCGGAAAUUUAGAUGGCCCUGAAGGUGGUUUUGAUGCAAUUAUGCAAGCUAUAGUUUGUCGUCACGAGAUAGGUUGGAGAGAAAAGGCAAGAAGAUUACUCGUUUUUUCAACCGACGCCGGAUUCCACUAUGCAGGAGACGGGAAGCUAGGCGGUGUAGUCAAGCCAAAUGAUGGAUUGUGCCAUUUAAGUGGCGACGGUUUAUAUACUUACUCGUCGACCCAAGAUUACCCCAGUAUAUCACAAAUUAAUCUCAAAGUUAAAGAAAACGCAAUUAAUAUUAUUUUUGCUGUCACCGAAGACGAACUAAACGUUUACAGGAAAUUGCAGGCGCAUAUCGAAGGGGCUUCCAGUGGAAAGCUUUCGGCCGAUUCUUCUAACGUUGUCGAUUUAGUCAAAGAACAGUAUCAGCAAAUAUCUUCUUCUGUAGAAUUAAAAGAUAAUGCCACGAGUAAUAUAAAAAUUAACUACUAUUCAAAGUGCCUUAAUUCUACAGGACCAGACAAGAAAACAAAUAAAUGUGAAAAUAUAAAGGUAGGCGACAUUGUAAACUUUAGACUUGACAUAGAAUUAACCGAAUGUCCUAAAGAUCCCCGAGAAUGGUACCAGACGUUACAAGUAUAUCCCAUAGGCUUAAAUGAGAGUCUUAUAAUAGAUUUGGAAAUGUUGUGCUCCUGUCCAUGUGAACGUCCGGGUAAUGUGGGUUACAAGGAAUUAGCUCCGGAGUGUAAUUCCUUUGGAACAUACAAGUGUGGUGUUUGUGAAUGUGACGACAGUCAUUUUGGUCGUUUUUGCGAAUGUUCGACUACAGAAUUAAACGUCUUUAAUACUACUAUUGGUUGUCGUCCAGAUAACACAAGUACCGUUGAUUGUUCAGGAAGAGGAAAUUGCGUCUGUGGCCGUUGCGAAUGUGAAAUUCGACGAACCGAAGAAGAGAGAAUUUAUGGGGACUUUUGCGAAUGUGACAACUUCUCUUGCGACCGUCACGACAAAAAGAUUUGCAACGGACACGGAAAAUGCGAAUGUGGUCAGUGCGUUUGUGACGUACCAUGGAUAGGACAUGCGUGCGAAUGUCGAAACGCCACCGAUACCUGUUAUGCCCCCGAGGUUACUGAUGGUAAAAUAUGUUCUGGGCACGGCGAUUGCGAGUGUGGAAUUUGCAAAUGUCACACAACUAAAGAAGGGCGGUAUUCUGGACAAUUUUGCGAAAAAUGUCCUACAUGUUCAGAUCGUUGCGAAGAGUUUAAGAUAUGUGUCCAGUGUCAGCAGUACAAGACAGGACCCCUAAAUGAAGAUGAAUGUAGAUUAAAUUGUACAAAAUUCACUCCUAUAGGGGUCGAUGUCGUAGAAGUUACAAAAGAACAUGAGUAUCUUUGUGCUUAUUAUGACGAAGAUGAUUGUCGCUUUUCUUAUGUAUACUAUUUGGAUGAGCAUAAUAAGAUACAGAUUAGAGCCCAGCAAGAACGAGAGUGUCCACCAAAGGUUUUCUUACUCGGUAUAGUACUGGGUGUUAUAGCUGCGAUUGUCCUGAUGGGACUCGCAAUUUUACUUCUUUGGAAACUGUUGACUACAAUUCAUGACAGAAGAGAGUUCGCCAAGUUCGAAAAGGAAAGAAUGAUGGCCAGAUGGGAUACAGGAGAAAAUCCGAUUUAUAAGCAGGCCACUUCGACAUUUAAAAAUCCUACUUACGCUGGUAAAGGCUAAAAACCCUAAAAACUAAACAUAGCAUGUUUUUUUAAACAGAAUCUAAGUCAUACAAAAAGUACGUUAAUAGUUGCCUAUUAAUUUGUGACUUCUAGUAAAUAACAUAAUUGUAUGUUUAUGUAGAACAACCAAAAUUAGUGCAGCAUUAAUUAUUGCUAAAAUCAGUUCACUCAUUAAUCUUCAUUUAUUUAAUAUUAAUGAUGUAUUUAUUCAUCUCGUGUUCUAUUUUUCUAUGUAAAACUGUGUUUAAUUUAUGCUAAAUGCUAAAUUAUUUCAUUAAAUUACAAAAUGCCUUGUAUCGUUAUUUGUAUGAUAUUAGGAGCGUAUUUUGCCAUAUUGAAGUACAAAAAAAACUGAAAUUCAUCAAAAAAAAUUUUUUACGUAUUUUGUUCUCGUAAUUUUAGUUUCGACGUAAUUUGACUUUUGUACUUACAAUAUAAGUGUGCCAAUUAUUAAUUUUAAAUAAUUUUAUCUAAGUGUAACUUCUUAUUAAUUCAGGAAUGUGUUAGGUACAUAUAUAAAUACAAAGUGCUUAAUUGUUAUGAAGUAUCUUAAAAGUAUUUUGUUUAAUUUACUUAGUAUGGUAAUGUAACUAAUAACAAACGAGGCCUUACAUUUGCCUUGAAAACUGCCUUUAUUUUAUAAUGUAUUAUAUUGUACGCAAUUGCUAACUGAUAACGAAAUUAAAAGAAAUUAGCGAAAUAUUAAUACUUAACACAGGUCAAUUAGCAAAGCACUUAUCUAUCUGUAAGGUAAUUUUAAUUUUUUAACUCAACUACAAAGAUCUGAUACCUGUUUUUCAAUUAUUUUAUUAAAAAUGUUAAAUUAUAA